GUUUUUGCUGUGGUCUAUAGAGAUGUGUCCCGAAAGGGGGAGAGCGGCGCAGCAUUAGCUGGCUAGCGGGUUAGGCUGUUCGCAGAGACGGGCCAGUGCUGCUAUGUAGUGGCCGCAGAAUUGUUUUUGUGGCGCUCGUGUGUCUGUAUUCCAGGGGGCGACUAGGGAGAACCACCGGCAGGGGCAAACAACACCCAGGGAUUUCGGUUUUAUUUGGAGGCAUGGGGUCUGCGUCAGUAAAGCUGAGGUAAAGUGACCUUUAUUAGCGUUCGCUCAUGGCCAGUUUGAUGAAUUACCAGGACGGCAACGCCGCUAUGUUGAUGCUGGAGACACAGCAGCGCGCAAUCGGGACAAAAACGGCGGCGGCUAACGGCGACACCUCUAGCGGGGAGCCCCCCUCGUCCCUAAUCAGUCUCGGCGGCGCUCGCUUUCACCAACAUUUGCCGCCCUCGUAUGAACAGACUAUCCAGUCCAGGGAACGGCAUCAGCAAGCAAAUCACUUCCAGUCGCAGCAACAGUGUCCGGGGGAGGCGGCGGCAGCGGCGGGGGCUCCGGUGAGAAAGCCGUCCUCUUCCAGCCUGAACCUGGUGCAUGAAGAUGCCGCCGCGCUCACAGCUUCAGCCGCUCCUGCGCUCCCCGCCGCCGGUUCGGACGGGGCGGAUGACAUUCGGAAAUGCGGCUAUAUGAGGAAACAGAAGCAUGGCCACAAGCGUUUUUUUGUUUUACGAGGGGCAAGUCAUCUGGGCCCCAGCCGACUGGAAUACUAUGACAGCGAGAAGAAAUUUCGAAACAGCCUUCGCUUUGCUGCUGCUGGUGGUGCCGCUGCUGCCGCGUCUCCUCCCAAGCGGAUCAUCUGUCUUUACCAGUGCUUUACUGUAAACAAAAGGGCGGACUCCAAGCACAAAUACCUCAUUGCCCUGUACACUAAGGAUGAUUACUUUGCCAUAGUGGCAGAGAAUGAGCGUGAGCAGGAGGAAUGGUACCAGGCCCUGAGCGACCUGAUGAACGAGAGCAAGAGGGGUCACCUGGAUGCAGACGAUCUGGAGGACAUGUAUGGCGCGGACUCCCCAGUCACUGUCUUCAAGGAGGUGUGGCAGGUGAACGUGAAGCCCAAAGGACUGGGGCAGACCAAGAAUCUGACCGGUGUGUACCGGCUCUGCCUGUCCUCGAAGACCCUCCAUCUGGUGAAGCUGAAUUCCGAGACGCCCUGUGUGAGCCUGCAGCUGAUGAACAUCCGCCGUUGUGGUCAUUCUGAGAGCUUCUUCUUCAUCGAGGUGGGGCGUUCAUCAUCCACAGGGCCUGGGGAAAUAUGGAUGCAGGUGGAGGACUCUGUGGUCGCUCAGAGCAUGCAUGAGACCAUCCUCGAAACGAUGAAGGCACUGAAGGCCUUUGUGGAUUUCAGGCCCCGGAGCAAGAGUCAGUCAUCGGGCUCGAAUCCUGUAGCUUUCAUCACCACCCGGCGGCACCUGGGCAACCUACCGCCCAGCCAGACAGGGCUGCAGCGCCGAUCUCGUACUGAGAGUGUGGUGGGCACCCCGUCCAGCUGCAAGGGUGGCAGCGCCUAUCGAUUUCGCACAUCCAGUGAGGGGGAGGGCACCAUGAGCCGGCCCUUCCGUUCGGCAACAGGCAGCCUGAUCCACCUGAAUAUGGGCCGCGGCAGCUUGGGCCGGCAGGAUGGCAUUGGCCGCUACUCGCGGGUCCCUUCUGGUUCCUCCUAUCACAUGCGCUCUGCCUCGCUCCCCGUUUCCCAUUUCUCAUAUGCCACCAGCCCUGUCAGCGUGUCCAGCAGUAGUGGCCACGGUUCGGCCUCUGACACACUCACACAGCCUUCCAGCGCCUCCCUCUGCGGCUCUCCCAGCGAUGGUGGCUUUAACUCCUCUGACGAGUACGGCUCCAGCCCUGGGGACCUGCGUUACAUCAGAGUUCGCAGCGGCACUCCGGAUUCCCUUAGUAACACGCCACCCAUCCGCGAGGAGAGCUGCUUGAGCGAGUACAUGGCUAUGUGUCGGUACCGUGAGACGUGGGGAGGCCCUGAGACCACUCGGGAUGAGAGCUGUGAUGAGGAGAAGAUAUCAUGGAAACGGGGCCACAUGUCCAGGCCAGCAGGAGCUGGUGUCACUGUUUACCAGAAGACGACUCAGACCACCUCUUUGCCGGACGAGUCCGCGGUGGCACCAGCAGCCAGCCCUCUGGGGAGCAACGGUUCAGCUUUCCUUAAGUCAGGCUUCAGCUGCUAUGCCGAGCAGCCCAGCUCGGCCAAGUCCUCGCUCUGCCCUGACCAUCACAGGAUCCCCCCCAGGGAUGACGGUUACCUGCCCAUGAUGCCGGGUGUAGUGACCUCACGAGAGGACAACUAUGUGCCUAUGCAACCCAGUCCACGUCACCCCCUUCCUUCCCAGGUUCAAGCUACAGAGCAGACCCCCCCUCAGCAACUGGAGACCCAGGGUUAUAUGAUGAUGCUCCCUGGGACCGGUGACCACCCGCCGAGUGGCGAAUACAUGGACAUGUCCCAGAGUUUCCUUCCGGCGUCCGCCCAUCGCUUGAGCAGGGGCUGUCACACGCAGACCCUCCCCAAGAGCCCCAGGCCCUACAGUCCUUACUUUUCGCUGCCGCGAUCCUACAAGGCCCCCAUAAGGGAGAGUCAUGAGCGUGAUGAAUAUGUUCCCAUGAGGUCUCCUGCUAAGCACCCCGCGGCUGAAUGUGGCCCAAGCAGUCCGCCUGAUGAACCCCCCAGCCCCCUCGGUUGUACUGGACCAUCCAGUUCAGACAGAUGGGGGCCACGGCCCAGUCGUCUCCCUUUGGACCGACAUGAACGCUGUGGUGCCCCAGGAGGGAGGGAGGCCAGGAAACCCCCGUCCAGUCCAGGGGAGUACAUCAACGUGGAGUUUGGGAACCGUCCGGCUGAGAGUUCAGUUUUCUCACCGGAUUGUACAGGCGACGACUACAUGAGCCUGGAAGCGGAUGAGCAGCCACCGAAGGCUCGUUCCCCGCGGCCCUCACUCGUAGCCCCAUGGAACCCCCCCAGCUACAUACGACCCCAGGCCGGUGGAGCCCCAGCAGACGGCUACGUGGAGGUCAACCUCGGCACUGGAACAAGGAGCCCAUCAGGCAUGCUGCGUCAGUUAUCUGUGGCGGAGCAGUCGGAGCCCCUGAGCCAAUGCCAGUGUGGCUCUGAGGUCCUGCCGCCAUCCGACAGCUCUGCCCAGGCACCUGCCAUCCUUUACCAGCUGGAUGAUGCCAAAUGGCUGGGCUCCUCCACUUUCAACAACGUCUGGCUUCACGUUGAGGGCGUGACUUCCCCUGGUGCCGCCACCCUGCCCGUCCCCACCAACGUAGCCUGUAACCCCAGUCGUCCCACGUGUUGUGAGGGCCCCAACCCCCGGGACGAUCUCAACUACAUCGCGCUAGAUUUGAGGGAAGACCGGUGGUCUGGUCGUGAGGCCUCGUCACCGGCACCGUCCACGUCCCCCACCACGCUUCCACUCUCCGAAAACAGCACCUACCCCGCCCUGGACUUCGCCAGGGUCGACAGACUGAGGACUGCCUCGCAAGACUGAAGAUGCUUGGGUCAUCAUCUCCGGAUGUACAUGUCACCUGUGAGGAGGGACGGUCUGUGGAGGUCCUACAGUUCGGCAAGCCUCUAGGAUACGCCCUCGGCACGGGACAUGUGGGCCGGGCCGUUUCAGACCUCUUCACGGAGCAGCGUGCCACAGCUGCCUGUCUUCUGUGAAUGUUUUUAUUUCUUUUUAUAAAAAAUAGUUUGUUUUAUUAUUAUUAUCAUUAUUAUUAUUUUUUUUUGUUAUUUUGAUUUAAUUUCCUUCUCUGACUCUGAAAAGUGGGGCUAGUGUAAGAAUACGAGCCUGAUCGGGACACAUGCACUAGCUGCUUGCACAAGUGACAUUUUCAUUUUCAUAUUUAUUGCCACUUCGGUUUCAGGUAUGUUCUUCUAAUUUAGUCUUUUUUAUUGCUCAGAGGUACGAAGGCAUUCGCUGCGUCGGUAUGGCUGGUUUCUUGGGCUGGUUCCAGUGCUGUGGGUCUCGGGGAAGGCCUCGAGUGACAGGAGGAGUGACCCAACACCAGAUCCGAUUGGGCCUGGUGGUACAUUCCUACUUUACUACUAUUGGCCAGUACCAUAGGCCCUGUUGCACAUCCAUGCAGCCAAUCACAUGAGGGGUAUCAGUAUUAAAACUAACCCAAAUUAGCAAAAUUGGCAUUAAAAAAAAAAGAUUAGUGAUACUGAGCACCGAGCAUUUUGGUUGCAUGUUUCUUUUUAUUUUUAGAUUUGAAAUUGAUUCAUGUUUAAGCUGCCUUUAACAGAAUCUUUGUUAAUUCCACUUAAAUUUGAAUGUUUACAAAUUGAAAACCCCAAGCAGAUUCUGCCAAAGUUGAUAGUGUUUCUCAGUUCCAAGGUAUGUCAGGAAAUCAUGUUUUUCUUGGUUGUAUUGUAUACCUGGACAGUUUUUAUUACGCAAGUAUUUCAAUGUUUUUCUGUUUUUCAAGUUGAUAUCGAGUGUCACUGAAAAGAACCUCACAACAGUCAGUAAUGAGUCAGAUGUUAUUUUGUUCAAUGUACAGUUUAGGCAAAUCCUUUUUUUUUUUUUUUUUUUGUUGGCAAAUGUAUUUUUGAAUCUGAACAGCUGCAUAACACGAGUGUGUGUGUAAGAUAAUGGCAGGAAACACGAACCCAUAUACCUGCCCAUAACCAGUCUUGUCUGAGUUGUAGAACAGUCCUUCUGAAGGUGGUUGUGCCAAAAAAAAAAAAAAAAACGUUUCUCGGUGGUUUUACGGUAUGUGACACUAGUAAUGGGUGAAGUAUGUUCUUCAUGUCCAAAUUUGUUUGACCACACAGAGGUGUCCCUUCAUCUGCUGUUGUAUGAGUAUUUCUGACUGCGCGGUACAAGUUUUAUAUUUGAUUGCUGUUACCAAGGUACAUUUAUAUGAAUGGUCUUAUUUUUUUCUACUGUGGAGAACACUGUUCUUAGUGUUUAUUUCUAUUGUCAGAAUUCUUUAAUUCCUCUAAAUGGUACAUACAUAUUGGUAUAUAAUACAUGCAUUGACAAUUCAUUUUUAUAUAGAUAAAUAUUAUAUACGCAUACACGAUAUAACCUGUCUAAAAUAAUGCCCCUAAGUUACUGGGGAUCACCUGUGCCCUUUUUUUCUUUCAGAAAAGAUGAGAUGAAAGUGAAGAGAAUAGUUGGCAGGUCAGAUUCUGGGGUGUGGUGGCUUACAAGUCCUAUCUAUCUGGUUCCACCGGGAGAGGAAGCCGUAUCUCCUGGUCACUCCUGUAAGGGUUUACGUCAACAGAAGCCCCCACAGCUGGCAUUCUGCAAUGCAGGGUGCGCUUUCCACUGGGUCACCAGACUGGAUUGACGUUGUGAUUAUUAUUAUUAUAGUUUAUUAAUAAUAUAUUUCUUUAAGGAGAGGUGGAGUAGGUCCAGGUACAUGGGCGUGAUGAGAGAAUUUAUUUGCUGGGUUUGCUGCUGUGAAUACUGGUCUGCCCCACCUUUCUCUCCCCCAGGGCAGAAGUGAAGCUGUUGUAUGUUGUGCCAUCAUCUGUCAAGUCGACCGUAAGAACCUACGUUUCUCUUGUCAUUUUUUUUAUUUGAUUCCUCAUUAUGAGCUCCGAUCUCCUUUUUUAUUUUUUAUUUUUUUAAUUUCCAUUCAGUCAGAUGAGUUUUCCUUUUCACAGAAUCAUCUGUCAACAAGGACCCAAGCUUUAUUCUUGUAAGGCAUUUUUUCCAUGGUACGUACUGUCUGGUGCACCUCAGUCCGUGGUGGUAACCAGAUACGUCUGAGGUACUGAAAAUGGGCAGUUGGUAUGCGUUCACGGUGACAUUAUAAACUCCUGGGUCGGAGCUCUCUGUUAUCCAUUUUCAUUGGUUCUUACCGGGUUUGUUUACAGAUGGAGGUCAUGUGAUAAUGUUCACUCUGACAGGGAGGUUAAAAGCCAUGACAACAGCCAGUGAUUUUGAGACAGUAUUUUCUUUAGACAUCAACCAUCAUAAUGUCUUUUCUUUACAUGUAAAUAAAAUGACAAUAAAAGGAUGUGCUGGA